CUCUUAUUCCCGUCCAACUCUUGUGGGUAAAUCUUGUAACUGAUGGUCUUCCUGCAACUGCCCUUGGUUUCAAUCCUGCGGAUCAUGAAAUUAUGCGCCGUCCUCCUCGAAAUUCUCGAGAACCUUUUGUUGGAAAAUGGCUAUUUUUCCGCUAUAUGGUUGUUGGUACUUAUGUUGGUGCUGCUACUGUGUUCGCAUAUGCUUGGUGGUUCAUGUUCUAUUCAGAAGGUCCUCAGAUUUCUUUUGAACAAUUGACAAACUUUCACAAAUGCAGUGAUCUAUUCCCAGAGAUUGGCUGUGAAAUGUUCACAAACAUUAUGGCUAGUCGUGCUACCACAAUGUCGCUUUCAGUGCUUGUCACUAUUGAAAUGUUUAAUGCUACAAAUUCUUUGAGCGAGAACGAAA